UCCUCCUCCCGGCCGCCGGCGGCGCUGUGGUUUUUGUCGCCUCUGCUCGGUGCUGCAGCGGGCGGGCGGGUUGCCGGUGACGGGUCGCUGGCUGCUCCAGACCAGCCCGAGGCGGAGCGACUGGGCUGCGGCAGUAAAUGGUGUUGCGUGAAUGGGAGGUGUGAGAGGAUGACUGAGGAGUCUUGGUUCAGUGACAGUGGCGGCAGUGAGAGAGAAUCCUGGGCCAGGGAGGUCAUUCGUCGCCAGUGCAGACACACCAGGUCUCUGCCACGUUUGCGGAGGCAGCCAGUCGUGCGGUGUCCCAGGAUGAGUCUUCACGGAACAGUGGCUGUGGCCGACAAGAAUCCAUAUCCUACACAGCAGAUGAACCAAGCCCUUGACCAAAGGGAAGAUAGCAGUCUCCUGCCUUGCAUCCGCAGCACAGCCCCAUCUGUCAGGCAGCGGACCUCAGAUCCUGACCUGGCACGGCUCUCUCAGUCUGCAAGCCCUCAACCGUGUAAAGGUGGUGCCUCGCCCUCCUGCGGCCCACAAGAUGAGCUUGGACCGGCCGGUUUUGAGCCAGCCUUCUGGCCCAAGGAUGGAUGGGCUGUUCCCCGCUUGGGGCCGAACACGGGUCCGAAUAAAAGAGCUGCCUCCGACGUCAAGGGCAAAAACAGCUGUAAAUCGUGGAAGUCCUGCGAGCGUGUGGUGCUGAUUGUUGAUAACACGCGGUUUGUGAUCGACCCGGUCAUCUUUGCAGCGCACCCUGACACCAUGCUGGGCCGAAUGUUCACUUCAGCGCGCGAACAUAACGUCACACAGCCAAAUGAGAAGGGCGAGUAUGAGAUCACUGAAGGCAUCACCUCCACUGUCUUCCGUGCAAUCCUGGAUUAUUACACUACCGGCAUCAUUCAGUGUCCAGAUGGAAUUGCAAUCCAGGAACUCAGGGAUGCCUGCGAAUAUCUGUGCAUCAACUUCAAUCACAAUACAAUCCGAUGUCGUGACCUCAGUGCUCUGUUACACGAACUGUCCAACGAUGGGGCGAGGAAGCAGUUUGAGAGGAACCUGGAGGAGCUGGUGUUACCCUUGAUGGUCUCCAGUGCCCGGAAGGGUGAGCGGGAGUGCCACAUCGUGGUACUGACUCAUGAGGACACGGUGGACUGGGACGAGCAGCACCCACCACAGAUGGGAGAGGAAUAUUCUCAAAUUAUUUACAGUACCAAACUCUACAAGUUCUUCAAGUACAUUGAAAACCGCGAGGUUGCAAAAAUGGUGUUGAAGGAACGGGGCCUGAAGAACAUCCGCAUUGGAAUUGAAGGUUACCCGACCUGCAAAGAGAAGCUGAAGCUGAGACCAGGGGGCCGCUACGAGGUGAUCUACAAUUACGUGCAGCGCCCCUUCAUUCACAUGUCCUGGGAGAAGGAAGAGGGGAAAAGCAGGCACGUUGACUUCCAGUGCGUCCGGAGCAAGUCCAUCACCAACCUGGCCUCCGCCGCUGCCGACAUUCCCCAGGACCACGGCAUCCCACAUCACCCACAAGUGGACGAGCUCGACAUCCUGGGCCCACCUCAAGAAGGAGUCACGGGACACAGUCCACGAGUAGCAGAGAACCCAGAGCAUUGACACGGCUCCGGAAUGGGCCGUGGGCGGCAGGUGGGGCUGUCCAGUCGUGCCCUGGAGUAUUUAUCGUGGUAGACUAGGCAUUCUCAUGGUGUUGACGGGCUCUUUGUGCACCGAGCAGAUGAGGUACAGAAACAGUUACUGUGAUCAGGAGCAGUAUCAAGUACUGACCAGAGCGUUCCUGGUGCCACCUGCCGACUCCAGCACUUUGAUACAUGAAUAAAAUCUAUCGGUUUGUUCA